UUCUCUCUCUUUCUCUCUAAGGCUUGUUUCCUUGUUUCCAGCGUUAGCUGUAGGUGUUGUGAUGUGUCAUCCAGUAAGCUGAAUGGCUGGCUCAAAGCUCCAGAGCUCAGCAGAUCAUGUUCAUGAUCAUUUCUGUGUGGGGGGUCGUAUAAGUAGCUCAAAGUGGUUAUAGCACGCCAUAUAGCCUACCAAAAACGCGCUGGCCUCGCGCACACUUGACACCUGUUAACUCUCGGCCCUCGCGCUCUCGAUAUUUGGCAGUGUUGUGACUGCGAAGCGCGGACUCCCUUUAAGAAAAAAAAAUGCGUGACGCCACGUCACCAUGGAAACUGCUCUACGCUUGAGGCUCGCAGGGAGAAAACAGGGCGAGAAUAUUUAAGAGUUUGGUUUCAGCACCGCGCGCAGCCUGGACAGCGACAGAACGCCGGAGCGCACGCGAGCCCGCGCGACCCCCGAGCUACAAAACCUCUGAAGCUACGAUCAGCACUGCUGGAUUUGUUGCUGUUUUCUUUUUUUGCCUUUUCUCUGUUUGUUUGUUUGCCUUCAUUUGACCUCGGAAUUCAAGCCUGACGUGCAAAUCCGCGGUUCCGUGUUUAGAGAACCGCUAACUGAGUCCUGCAGAACAUGACGGAGCUGAAGGACGACCGGCGCUUCCAUAAUCUAACGCAGGAGCAGGUGGAGACUCUGGAUCAGGUUCUCACAGAGAUCAUCCCCAUUCACGGACGGGGAAACUUCCCCACCCUGGAGAUUAAGCCCAAGGACAUCAUCCACGUUGUGAGAGAGCGGCUGGUUUCCAAAAGCAUCAAGGUGAGAGACGUCCGCCUCAAUGGCUCCACAGCAAGUCACGUGCUGGUCAAAGAGAAUGGCACAAGCUACAAGGACUUAGAUAUCAUCUUCGGUGUGGAGCUCUCCAAACAGGAAGACUUCCAGAUCAUAAAGGAAGUGGUUCUAGGCUGCCUCCUGGACUUUCUGCCCCAAGGAGUCAACAAGGACAAAAUCACAGCCCUCACCAUGAAAGAGGCUUAUGUGCAGAAAAUGGUCAAAGUCUUUACCGAGCACGACCGGUGGAGCCUCAUCUCGCUCUCCAACAACAGCGGCAAAAACAUGGAGCUGAAGUUUGUAAGCUCUCUGCGACGGCAGUUCGAAUUCAGCGUGGACUCUUUCCAGAUCAUCCUGGACACUAUGUUAGAGUCCUACCUUGAGGCAGAGAGGAGGGAGGCGGCACAACGCAAAGAGAAGGAACCGGAAGCUUCCUUAAUUCAGAGUUCUGACUCUCAGUCAGGUUUACUAAAUGAGCAAAGCACCUCUGCUGGAACAGAGAGUCACAGUGAAUCAGAUAUUGACAUGUCAGGUGAAAUGCACAGUUUGCACGACUGUGUCUGUCAUGAUGAAACAGUCAUGAUGAAGGACCAAUACAAGCUUUCCUCAGAAGAAACAAGUCUUGAAAAAAUCCAUAGCGAAGAAAUUGAAGAGCCGAGGGAAUCCAUAACAAUGACUGAAGCCGUAGAGGAAGUAUUUGACCAGUCGGACACAAGAACACUUACGAAGGAAACGGAUGAAAUCCAUGAAAAUGUGUUGCAUGUAAGCAAAGGAGAAAUGCUAGACAUUGAUUUAGUUGAAGACAACACUGACAUACAAUUAGAAACUGAACAGGAACAGAUGGUGACUGUAACGAGUAAAAACACUGAUGAGAGUGACAAACAAACAAAUGUUCCUAUGGAGGCUUCUACAGACACUGAGCAUGCAUUAGUUACAGAGUUAACGCCUUGUCCAAACUCUUUAGUAUCAUCCAAUAAAGAAUUUGCGCCAAAAAUGGAGCAAACAGACACAAUACAUGAGCCAAUGCAGACUACAGACAAAACACCAGAACCUAUGCUUGUGACAGAACAGUGUACAUUCCAGUCUCCUUCUAUAACCUUUCCUACACAGGCAGCAGCAGACCCCAACAAUGAGUAUCCUUUGCCACCCCCUGCCAAAAAAAACACAAGAAGUUCCCAAAUGGUGGUUCUCAAACAUUCCUCACCAAAACCUCCCAGGAAAAUGUCCAGAAAAGCUACAUCUGUGCCAAACUCAACAGAAAAGUCAGUAUUAAAAGACUCAACAGUUAAACCUUGUCAGCCUCUCAGCCCAAAAGAAUCGAUCCCUAUGCAAGUUGAAUUGCCAGGUCUUUCCACAAACUGCUUUGACUCUAGUGCCUCUCAAGACAAAGACUCUAUGCUUAGAACUGUAGACAUAUCCUCGCCAGAUUUAAGUGUUGCCACGCAGGAGAAUGGUCAACACUCUGAUGAGACACUUUCAGUAGGUUCGCUCCCUGAAGAAAGCACUCAAAAUCCGGUACAUUCUUCUGAGCCAGAGACUGGAGAAACGUUGAUAAUAAGCACUUUGUCCAAAACCUGUAGUUCCCCCAAAGACCAAAAUGUAGAGACCCAAAUUCAUACUGAGACAGAUACAAAAACUCCAAAAACACAGUCUCAAACCAAUUAUUCAGUGAAACCAAUUAUUCAGGUCAAUUCUCAGCCCAUAGUUCAGGUGGAUGAAGAUAGCCCGGCUCUCAGUCCAAACUUUCCCCAUAAAGAAGAGAGUGAGCUUGCUGUCCAAACUGCUGAGUGUGCUCCAGAAUAUACUGAGUCCCUAGAAACUGUCAGCCAGACAGCAGAUUCCUCUUCUAAGUUAGUGCCACCCCUGUCAACAAAUCUUACCAUUGAUUCAGAGGAGGUUAAAUCUACUCCCCUUCAUUGCUUGGAGCUUCCUGUUAUUCCAACACGAGUUCCUGAAACCAACAUAUCAUGUGUGAAGUCUCAGGAACUUACUGUACCAUGUACACAGACUGUAGAACCCUCAGUGUUAAUGAUGCAAAGUCCAGAGCCACCUAGGGUAAUACCACAGGUUGAAGACUCUUCUGUCAAUGCGUCAAUGGAUAUUACGGAAUCACUUGAAAAAUCCUCAUGUCUUCUAGAGCCUCCUGUAUCAUCAUCAUCAUCAUCAUCAUCAUCAUCAUCAUCAUCAUUAUCAUCAUCUUCUUCAUCACCAGAAAACCAAGAGUAUUCUGUAUGGCCCUCAACUGUCUUAGAAUCUUCCACUUUAUCAUCAGAUAAAGCAUCUGUAUCUUCUGUAGUAUCUGUUGAAGUUUUGGAACCACCGGAAGUGUUUACACAGAUUUUAGGACCCUCUGUAGAAUCGUUAGAAGCAUCAUUAUCGAACAUUCCUUCCACACCAGCAUCGAAAGAUCAACAGUCUACACCCUUUCCACCUUUCCUAACAGGGGAGUUAGAGACUCCCGUAGAGAUGACACAUAGUUCACAUCCAUCAGACUCUGAUUCUAAAGAGCCCCUGCCACCUCCCAGAGAGGUGCCUUCUGUCACAGUGGUGGCAGAAAGCAUGUACGGCGACUUUGAGCAAGCCAUGGACCACUUGCGCUACAGGCUAAUCGCAACACGCAACCCUGAGGAGAUCAGGGGGGGUGGGCUGCUCAAGUACAGCAAUCUGCUUGUUCGGGACUUCAAACCUGCCAGCGAGACCGAAAUUAAAACGUUAGAACGUUACAUGUGCUCUCGCUUCUUCAUUGACUUUCCAGACGUGAACGAGCAGCAGAGGAAGAUUGAGUCUUAUCUGCGCAACCACUUCAUCGGCGAGGAGAAGAACAAGUACGAUUACUUGAUGACGCUGCGGCGGGUGGUCAAUGAGAGCACCGUGUGCCUGAUGGGCCACGAGCGACGACAGACUCUCAACAUGAUUACCAUCCUGGCUCUUAAGGUCCUCGGGGAGCAGAACAUCAUCCCCAACACCAACAACGUCACCUGCUUCUACCAGCCUGCGCCGUAUAUGGCCGACCACAACUUCAGCAACUACUACAUCGCCAAUGGGCAGUCCCAGCUUAUAUACCAUCCCUAUCCUCUACACAUACACAUGCAGACAGGACUGGUUUAGCGUUGAGCAUCGUGAUUCGUACACAGGGACCUGCCGACGGGCAGAGCCAUAGCCUCCUGCAACUUACAACGGCCUCCACACAUAGUAAAAUCCACAGCAUGAGAGAAAGUCCCAGCACUUAACUGAAUACAAACACAAUUCGAGUGCUCAGAACAACUUAGAACAAGGAAAUCCUGGGUCCGUCAGUGGUUUUGGCUGCCAAUAGACUCACUCCGCAAAUCUAGGGGAGCAUAUAUAUCUGUUCCCGGGUUCAUAGCCAGCCUUUGCUGAGAUCAGCGCUGUUGAUGAUCAGUGGAAAUUGUUAGACCGUACACUUAAACAUCAGAGUUAAAGGCUAUUGCACUAGUCUACAGCUACCAGGAACACAUGUGUAACAAACGCCUGGGCACAUUUCAUUGAAAUGAAGUUUAUCAGAAGCUUAAAGGUAGAAAAAGUGAUGAGGAGGAAGAUGAGAAGGAAAAAAACAAUCAGGGGAGGAAGCUGAAAUUCUCUUUAACAUCUGCAGUGUAAGAUGUACAGUUUGAACAGUAUGUAAAAUAUACAAUGAAUUUUAUAAAAUUAGGUUAAGUUAAAUUAGUUAAUUUGGCCAGACUUCUCUACACUAUAGCACUAUAUAUAUAUAUAUACUCUUAUCGCAUUAUUAUCAGGGGAUCGUACUGAAGAACUCAGCAAAACUUUGGUUUUUGUUUUGUUUUGUUUCUUUGUGGUAUCCUGCUUGUUUGUUCUGCUGUAGAGUCGUAUGAGAGAACGAUGCACUCAAAUGUUGUGUUUAAAGAGCUAAAUAAAUUAGAUUAGAUAAUAGGUUAUGUAAAGAAUGUGCCAUGUGCAAUUGUAUGCAUACCAUGCCGUGCAGCACUGCGGUGCGGUGAUGAAACUGUGCAUGAAAAAGCAAGGAUGCAAGAAAUAGCAGUCAUGGUGUUUUAAUGGAUAUGGAUUUUCGAAACUGAUGGUCUCAAGAACUUUUACACAACCUGUAAAAGACAUUAACAAACGGACGGUUUAAAUUUAAUAAGACUUACGUACUAUACACUGAGAAUAAAUGUCCAGUAACCACGUAAUGCAAAAAGAGAGUGGGUGAAUGAGUGUUUUAUAAAGUGUGGGUUUUAAUCGCAACGCUUCUUAGAGGGACUCUGUCGUAUUUUAUACCAUAUUAUGACAUGUGAUUAUGAGGGAAAUUAUGGAUGUAUUCGAUUUAUUCCUGUCUUAGGUUUUUAGAGACAAAGCCUAAGUAGUCUAUGACUCAUGGCUCAGCUCCACGCUGAUACGUACCAGCUGCAUGAUCGAGCUCAGAUGUAAACCAGAGUGAAAUUUAUAUGAAGUUAAAUGUCUGUAUCUCUUCCAUUCGGCCUUUUAUCCUCAGUGGCUGUAAAUGUUUUAUUUGUGUGUCCAGAAUGUGAAUUACGUUGUUUUUUGGAUCGAUGUCAAAAAAAAAAAAAAAACUGUUGUGCACAUCACGCCGUCGGAGAGCGGCGAAAAAUGUUGUCACUGAAAAUGUUACUGCCAAAUUCCACCAUACGAGGACUUUGAGUCACACUGGAGUCUGAUGAACUUGCAAAAGUACAAAUUGACUGAGUUGAGUAAGCAGGGGGAAGAGGAGGAGGAGAGAGAAAGAAGUGAAGGAGGAGGAGGAGGAGAAGGAGGGGAAAAAUGGAUAUUAAUGAAGUGUGUAGGUGUCUUUUUUUGUGUAUCUGUGAUGCACAAUGCUGAAAAACUUUCAGGACUGAGUAACACACAGCUCCGAUUCUGCGUUGUUGAGUUGUGACGCAUUUUCAGCCUGAAAGCAAACCAAGGAAUGACGUUAGGUUACGUGACGUUACAGCGAAAGGCCUGAGGGGGAACCGUGCAACCACGCAAACGCGCAACCGUGGAAAUGUCUACUUAUCAGAAUUGUUUGAAGUGCAAAUAUACUAUUUUUUUUUUACAUGUUAGUAACAGAAACACAUCUAUUUUUUCAGGAAAGUGUCAUACGUAGUACAGUACACAAACAGUUCAUGCCAUCUACACACAUAAACACACACAAACACACAUUCACAAAUACACAGAUAAAUACAAAUGAAAUGAUCAGACAAUAGAUACAUGAAGUCCAAACCUGUCGUUAUGGUAGAUCCUUCAGAUGUGUAAUAUAAACUUAUGUCACUUAUUGUGAGGUCUUAGCUUUGGAUUUGUGAUGUAUUCUACCCUUUCUACCCUACGCUUUACUGUACGACACCUUUACGAAGUCUUACGAAGUCUUAUGAUGUCUUACGAUGUCUCGCCCCAACGUUUUUUUUGUCUACUCUUCAAAUCUGGCCUUACUGCCAAAAACCUUUAGUAACACUGUGCUUAGCUAUAGGUUUAGAUCGGUUCGAAUUUGCUUGAAAAAACACACCUGUGAUGGAACCCUAAAAAAAAAAAAACAAUGACAAAUAAAACAACUAAAAAAACUAAUAAAAAAAACAGUUAAACAGUUUAUAUGACCAAAGAGGGGUUUUGUAGGAAAACUUAAGUGCCUAAAUGACGGUCAUUAGUGUGUGAACUACAAGGAAAAGGAGACAGAGAGCGAGAAGGAAGAAGGACUCUUUUCUGAAAAGGAAACGAAGCUGUGGCUUUUCUUCAUUAUUUCAGGUGUGUGUGUGUGUGUGUGUGUUUUCCUUGCCCUCCUCUAGUGCUGGUCGUGUUGAUGUCAGUUCUGUAGUUCUUCUAGUAAUAUGGCUUGUUUAUGCACCUUUAAUAAAAAAAUUGAUUGAUCCACUUAAA